AUGGCUGACAAAUCGAGUUCUGCAACAGCAACACAUGAAAUAACUUAUUAUUUAAACAUUGAAAAUGCCAAAAUAUUGGCUUUUAUUAUGGUUUCUGGUUUUGUUGUAUACCACGGUUUUAUACAUGUAACAUACAGUGAUGAUUCCUGUAAGUGGUUAUUGAGCGAUGGACGUUUUCCUGGCUAUGGUGUUUGGCAGCCGUAUGGAUGCAUGAUUCACAAAUACACACUUGAGGAUUCCCGGAUGUGUAUGCACUACAUCUCAUACUGGGGUGGUCAUAACCACAUAACCUUCCUGGGCGACUCGCGGAUACGCCAGCUGUACUUUGAGUUUGUCAACCUGCUAAGUAGAGAGCACAUGAAGAGCUACAAGACUCAUAGUAACAUCUCCUACCAUGAUGAACACAUACAGGCGAAAGUGGACUUUGUGUGGAUGCCGUACGUGAACGUUAGCAUGAACAAGCUGUACCAACAGUGGAUGAUGAAGGGUCCACUAGAGAGACCUAACCUUGUGGUCACUGGCAGUGCUACGUGGACCAUUAAGGAGUAUAACGGAAGCAGUGAAGCCUUGAAAAGCUUUGAGACAAACCUUACCAACCUUGUGCCAUACUUCGAGAAGAUGAAGGAAUCCACCGAUAUUGUAUGGUCCUUACAGGAUCCAGUGCUGAAAUCCAAACUGUCAACUAACAGAUCUAUGAUCACGAAUGAACAGGUUGAUCGAUAUAACAAGGUGGCACUAGAGGUCUUUUCGAAGUCAGGCAGUUCAGUGAAGGUGUGGAGCUCUUCCCGUCUUGUGGCCCAGGGUCUUAAGAAAGAGCUGGAUGAUGGAAUACACCUAGCCUCUGGUUCUAGCGCUCUCAGCUUGGAUGUCCAGAUGUUGAUGAACAUGUACUGUAACGACCACAUGAACCAUGAUGACGGCACUUGUUGCAGUAAACCAGAGCCCGCCACCAAACUACAGAUUCUUGUGGCAGCAUUCUUCCUAGUAUGCAUUUUUUCAACUGUUGCAUUGAUGAUCUACCGGCGAAGGUUGAAAAGAAAUGGAGCAAAAACCAGAACGGAGAACGGACAGAGUAAUGAAGCAUUGAAACCAUUGGAGGCCCCGUCAGCAGAACCAGCCCAGUCCCUGUAUGAGGUGCUCAAGGCUCUCUCCCGGCUGGGCCUCAUUAUGGCUUAUUUCUACCUGUGUGAUAGGACAAAUUUCUUCAUGAAAGAGAACAAGUACUACACCCACGUGAACUUCUUCCUGCCGUUCACCUAUGUGAUGAUCCUGGGGUUUUUCUUCACAGAGAGUACGGACAAGACAGAAGUGUUACAUCGAGAUCAGACGGAUGAGUGGAAGGGCUGGAUGCAGCUGGUCAUCCUCAUAUACCACAUCACUGGAGCCAGCAAGGUACUACCAAUCUACAUGCACAUUCGUGUACUGGUCUCCUGCUACCUGUUCCUAUCUGGGUUCGGACAUUUCACCUACUUUUGGAAGAAAGGAGAUUACAACCUCUUUCGAUACUGUCAGGGUGGGUGUCGGUAUUUGCCCAUUUACUGGGAACGAAAGGAGAAUGGCCUUAGAAGACUCUUUGAAGUGUUGUUUCGUAUGAACCUGCUGGUUGUGACGCUGUGUUUUGUGAUGAACAGACAGUACCAGUUCUACUACUUUGUUCCCCUAGUCUCAUUUUGGUUCAUCGUUGUGUACGUCACCAUGGCAGUGUGGCCUCGUGUCACUGAGAAAAGGGCUGAAGAGAAGACGCGAGCCUACUUGUUGAUGAUACUUAAGUUUGUGUUGCUGGUUGUGGUCAUUUCCCUCUUCUACAUGUCAGAGGUGUUUUUUGAGCGUGUGUUUCUGAUGCGGCCCCUGAAGCCCCUGUUUGUCACGUCAGAUGACUCCAUACAUGAGUGGAGGUUCCGUUGGCAACUGGACAGAUAUAGUGUGGUAUUUGGGAUGGUUUUUGCCUUUGGCUACCAGAUACUGAAGCGCUACAAGGUGAUCCAUGAUACAGAUGGACGGAACAUGUUCUCUACUGCUAUAACAUGGACCAUGGCAGGAGUUGGGGUCAUUGGUAUUGUUAGCUAUGCUGCAUUUUCUGGUGUGUGUAGAAAUAAAGAAGAGUGUAAUGAGGUCCAUUCCUAUAUCACAUUUGUUCCUAUUGUUUCAUUUAUACUUAUCCGUAAUGUGUUUGGCAGUAUUAGAACCAGAUAUAGCUCAUUCUUCGCUUGGUUUGGUAGAAUAUCAUUAGAGCUGUUUAUAUCACAGUAUCACGUCUGGCUAGCGGCUGACACCCACGGUGUUCUAGUGAUGAUCCCAAGCUACCCAGUGCUUAAUGUAAUAUUAACCAGUUUCAUUUUUAUCUGUGUGAGCCAUGAAAUCUCCAAAAUAACCUCCAUAUUGACUAUAUACGCUGUACCCUCGGAGUGGAAGGCUUUGUUACGAAAUGUCGUUAUUCUAGGUUUUGUUCUAAUUCCGUUGUGCAUAUCACGUGGAGUUAUUUAAAAAUACUGUAUUAUAUCAUUUAAAUCAGUUUUGUGAUAUCAAAUGCGUUGUUUUUUUGCUCGAAUUUUAUAUAUGGUGCAUUGUUUAUCUAACCCACAAAAAUAUGAAUUUUGGAUGCCUGGCCCCAAUUUCAAGCUGUCAAGUAUUAUACAUGUAUUUCAUUAAGCCAAUAAUAACUUGCUUAACCUUGAUUAUAUAAAUGAAAACGUAUUUGUUUGGUUUCAUUUGAAAUGGUUUUGUGUACAGAAAAAGAAUUUCUAAACAUGGACUGAAAAACAAAUUUUUGGCUUUCAAAAAUAAAAAUAAUUUUACCUCCGAAUUCAGUUAAAAUGAAUAGCAAAUAUACAAACUCUUAUAACUUUAUGUAUGAUGAGCUUUUGUUCAUGUCAUAUCAAGGUACACAGCAAGCAAGUACACUACAGUCAGUUUCAGAAAUGUAUGGGGUCACAAGGCAUCAACAUUUAACAUGAAGCUUAUUGAAGCUAACAGACAACUAGCUAUUUGUGGGUUUGAUUCCUUAAGUACAUUUACAGUAUUUGAAUUAAAACAAAUACCUUUAAAGCUUUGUCAAUGAUUUUUACAUAUGAGCCAAUAUCAAAUUUGACCAGAAUCUAAAGGAGGAACUUCUUGAAAAAAAAAAACAAGUUUUAUUUCCCUUUAGUUUUUCAUUUCAGCUGUUAGUUGUACAUAUAUAGUAGCCACAUGUUACAACAAGCUUUGUUGUUUAUUUAUAUUUGACUUGCUACAAGCAGAAAUAUGUUUUGUAGUUGAUAAAUCAUUAGUGGAAAUUAUGGCAUUAAGAUAUUCAGUGUAACUUAUCAUUGAACAACAACGCCUGUCGAAUGAAAGGGUAUGAAGGUCAUUGGUACAUUCAAGGUAAUUUAUUAAUCAUUUUUAUAUAUGAGCCAAUAUCAAAUUUGACCAGAAUCUAAAGGAGGAACUUCUUGAAAAUUUUAUUUCCCUUUGAUUUUUCAUUUCAGCUGUUAGUUGUACAUAUAAAGAAGCCACAUGUAUUGAUGGCCACACUUAAUUUAGCCAAUAAUGUUCAAAACUAUUUCAUGAUAAGUAACCUAUGCUGAAUGCAUAUUCUUUUUGCAGUAACAAGUGUUAAAGUGGCAAUCAAUAUAAUUCAAUUCAAUGAACGCAUAAAAUAUUGCUUAUCAUCAUAUGUUUACAUAGCAAUUCAUCCACCGUUUGCAAGAUAUGUCCUGUCUGAACCUUUUUGUCUGGAGAAUGAUUUGCCACUCAGCCAUAUAUUAGUUUUGAUUUGUUUUGGAUGCAGAAAACGGAAAAGUGUCGUGAAAUGUUUCAUUAAUUAUUAAUUGCAGUAUUUUAUGUAGACUACAAGGAAAACCAACAUAGCUUUGCUAUCAUAACAAGGACAAACUUGUUAUUGCAAGACCUAUAUUGUGUUACUGGAAGGAAACUCACACACACUCCAAUAACUUGUCCUAUGUUAUUGUCAAGACACAAACUGUUAUUUGAUGGAAAAUUAAUCACAUUAUGGCCCGAUAUGUUUUAAAUAUUCCAAUACAAUUUGACUAGAUAUUGAAUUAUGCUACAAAUAAAAAGUAUGCGAUAACAACUGUUAGCAGAAACAAUCUAAAUAUCAAACUGAAAGAAAUUCAAACAAUUUGUACAUGCUCGUUAUUGCAAAGACAAAUAUCCUGUAAUCGACGACGUGACAUCAAUAAAGAUAAAUAUGCUGUUGUAAAUCUAACAGGAAUAAAACAUAUGUUCAGCCUAGAUAUCAGUAAUAUACCCCACUUUAAAGUGAUUAAGUAAUUGGUAAAUAAUAAAUCAUUUAAUUUCUUUUUAGAUUAUUAAGCAAACAUACAGUUACUGCAGUGACAAAUCUGCAUAUCAUGUAUAAGAUUGUAAAUGAUAAAAAAUAAUGUCUAGAAGACCAAAUAUGCCUUUGGCUAAUGACAUAAAACAUCUCCUUGUAUUAUCCUAUUAUUUAAUAUGUAUCAUAUUCCUUCACAUUGAAUUGCCAUUUGUAAAGUCUACAUAAUUGUUAAUGUAUUACACUUUUUUUUCUUUUCUUUUUUUACCAAGAUUGUAUAAGUAUGUACAUGUAAGUCAUUUUUGGAUCGUUUCUUAUUCAUAUAGACUCUUGCGUGAGCUGGUGGGUGUCGCUUACGUUCAUGAAAAUCUUUAAAAAACCCCAAAGUUUUCAGAUUUAAAGAAAUGGAACGUAAUGCACAGCAUGUCAUUAAAUAUUAUGGGUUCUAUUUCUAUGCUAGAACAUUUAAACUAAAGUCUCUUCUAUUAUUUAUAACAGUAAUAUAGUAAAUUUUUCUUUUUUGGGACAUGUAAAAAUACAUCAAAUUGGUGUACAACACCAGUUAAAAGAAUACUAACAAACAAUAUAAUUAUGAAUAUCAACCCUUUGCUAGUAAAACAAAAUGCCGUAUACAAAUUAAAACAUAGUUUCGUAUAAGCAAUUGAAUUUCCUGAAAGAAAUGCUUUGGACAGUGUUUUGGGUUAAAUUUGAUAUUGGCUCAUAUAUCAUACAUAUUUUAUGUAUGCAUGAAUUUUUUUUUUGCAAUUUCCACAUCAUUAGUACAGAACGCAUUUCAAAUGGAGGAAUACACCACUCCGUCCCCUUCAAUCAUUUUCUAUCUGAAUCUUAACCAAUUUAAUGAGAAACUUGGGGAUCCUCAUUCAGAUUUUAUUUUAAAAAAACAAACAAUUAAAUACGAAGUGGACUUCCGAGAUGCUUAAAUAUGAGCUACUUUUUAUCUUAUUGUCAUUGAGAAUAAAUAAAACAAUCUUACACGACCUAAAGGCUGACGUGAUUCGAACACAAUGUAAAUCAAUUUUUAUAUUUUGAUUAUAUUAUCUGCAUGCACCCGACAUAUUUAUGGGUUCGGAACAUGUAAACUAAUAUUAUUUAUGUUGAAUAGCAAUAGCACAAGAAGGAUUUUUGAAGUUAUUUGUACAUUGUUGAAGCAUUCUCUGAUGGUAUUGUUUACAUAAUGAAAUUAAAGCGGAGGAAGUGCGGGAGAAAAGUGGUCAUGAUUUUGGUACUCCAUUAGUAAUCAUACUCGUGUUUCUUGAUGGUAAGAUGGGGUUUAUAUCUAAUGUUUGUUGAUUUAUCAUAAAAUGGGAUCUUAUUGUAUAUAAAAACUGUGAUUUGUUAUUUAUGGUUUUACGUGUUCAAGUGACCAUAAUUUAUGUAAACGAAAACAUGUUUUAUGUAUGUUUAUGUUAAUAUCAUGAAGUGAGUCUUUGAUCAAAUAAUAAUACAUUAUGUUGUUUUUUAUUUAUUUAUUUUAGUUCAAGUAUUUUCUCGAUCUAAUUUGGCCUAUGCCAAAACACAUAUUGUAUUUAGUUGAUACAUGUUUUGAUUAUAAUCAAUUUCCUUAAUACCAUUAUCAUGACCAAUAUUAUGCUGUAUUAAAGUAUUUUUUGCAGAAAGUUUACAUUGAUAUGCAUUUUUUAAUGUGAUUGGUGUGUCAAAGAUUUUUUUUAUUCUCAUCCCUGGAAGAUCACAUUUUUUUUUCAAAAUUCCCAAUUGUCAUUGCUUUUAACACAAGUCUUCCCACAUGAAAUGAUAUAUUUAUCAGAAGUUUGGUGAUGGAGUUUUGAACAGGAAUGCAUUUAAUGAGAACCAUUAUUUUUUAUUCUUUGAGCUUAUUGGUAAUUCUUUUUAUGCCCCCGAAGGUGGGCAUAAUAAAAUCGCACCGUCCGUCUGUCCGUCCGUCCGUCCGUGUGUCCGGCUCAAUAACUCGUCUCCGGGCUGUAACUUUCCCUUGCAUGGACAGAUUUUAAAAUAACUUGCCACAUGUGUUCGGCAUAUCAAGACGACGUGUCGCGUGCAAGACCCGUGUCCCUACCUCUUAGGUCAAGGUCACACUUAUGAGUUUAUUCACAAUGGAAUGCUGCUUAUAAGGACAUAGAGUAUAGAUUGUCGUGUCCGGGCUGUAACUUUUUCUUUUGUGGACAGAUUUUAAAAUAACUUGCAACAUGUGUUCGGCAUACCAAGACGACGUGUCGCGUGCAAGACCUGUGUCCCUAUUUCUUAGGUCAAGGUCACACUUUGUAUUUAUUCACAAUGGAAUGCUGCAUAUAAGGACAUAGAGUAUAGGUUGUCGUGUCUGGGUUGUAACAUUCCCUUGUAUGGACGGAUUUUAAAAUAACUUGCCACAUGUGUUCGGCAUACCAAGACGACGUGUCGGGUGCAAGACCCGUGUCCAUACCUCUUAGGUCAAGGUCACACUUACUGUUUAUUCACAAUGGAAUGCUGCAUAUAAGGACAUAGAGUAUAGGUUGUCAUGUCCGGGCUGUAACUUUUCCUUGUAUGGACAGAAUUUAAAAUAACUUGCCACAUGUGUUCGACAUACCAAGACGAGGUGUCACGUGCAAGACCCAUGUCCCUACCUCUAAGGUGAAAGAUACACUUAGUGUUUAUUCACAAUGGAAUGCUAAAUAUAAGGACAUCAGAAUGUAGGUUGUCAAGUAUGGGUGGUAUUUUUAUGUUCAGAGGCAAUUUAAAAUAAAUUGCCAUAUGUAUUUAACUUUUCAUGUACUGACCUUGUUCAUAGGUCAAUGUCACAUUCGGGGGCAUUCGUCACAUACUGUGACAGCUCUUGUUUUUGAAUUGUGUUAGGGUUAAAACCCACCAUUGUUUACUGUACAUGUGUUCACUUCAUAUUAUGCCAUAAUUGUUGACAAUUUCAUAAUUUGAGGUAGUUAAGUAGUCUUUUUUCUAAUAAGCUUACGAUAUUUUGUAAAGGGCUUAUGCCAACAUCUAUUUUAAUCAAAGCAUUCAUUAUUUCAUUCGUCCGAAAUAUGUAAUAUAACCAAAUUUUUAAGAUUGCUUUGCACACAGAGUUUUAUGACAUAAAUCACAAGCAUAAGUAAGCUAGUUUUCUUAUAUUUCCAUCAUUUUUACAGAUAAAUGUCGGUGGCGAUUGUCCCCAUAUAAUUUAAGUAUCAUUUAAAAGGAUAUUACUAUCUUAAUACUUACAGUUAAAACAUAUUAAUCACUUAAGUAUAUAUUCCACAUAUCAGUAUUGCUAUGUUAUUGUGUUUGUAGUUGUUUUCUUGUAAUUAUGACAACUGAAGUCAGACGUGUAAUGAUUUAUUUGACAUUUGAAGACCAAUAAAACUUAAUUGACUACGACUAUCACUAUAAUAACUAUUACAACUACUAUUAUGUUUGGUAUUAUUUUUGCUCAGUAUGUUUUCUUUACAUAUUAACCCUUUAAGAAUGAUAUAAAAAUGAUAUGGGGCCACCAGUCAUCAACAAUUCUGUUACGUUGCAAAGUAGAGGGUGCAAGAUACUAUAUACCGGUGUGAGAGCGCUCCCUAACCAUUAAUUCCUUAAUGAUGACAUUUUUACACGGAUUUUGAUAACCAGAGCCACGUCUCAAUGAAAUAUACUUAGACGUAAAUAGUACGCUGUCUAAGUGUGAUCAGAUACAUUCGUUCAGGGCGGAAUCUAUGUGAUAAAUAAAUUUGUACUUCCGAUGUUUUAUUGAAUCGCAGUUUACGCCCAAAAAGAGGUUACGCCUGGAAAUUUACGCUCUUACGCACUACGAUCAUUAAUUAAACGGGGCUAUAGAAAUACCGGAUAUAAAAGGGCUAAACACCAGAAGAUACCAUUGCAAGAGAAAAAGAAAGUUGUCAAAAACCUACAUAAAAUUGACACCGUUUUGUACAGCGUAUUGAAUUUUACUUACUGAUGUAUCACAUUGCUUAUUACACAUGCAUGCAGUUUUUGUGAUUUUGGAAAAAAAAUCGAAAUUUACUAGGGUUGCCUACCACGUAAGCCCCAUUAAGAUAAAAAGUAGCGUCGGUAUAUUUAUCUGUACUCAUCAACAUACAUGAUUAAAACUGGGAAAACUUUAUGCGCUAUUUUAAACGGGGAACACAGAUGAGACAGCAACAUGUGUGUUGCGUUUAUUAUUUUAACCAUUUAAAGUGAGAUAUCAUCGGCCGCCUAUUAGAUCGCAUUAACCAUUCUAGGCUUGUUUUGAGGGAAAUAAUGAACUAGUGUUUGCCGAUUUUUGGACCAUCUGGUGUCUAGCCCCUUUUAAGUAACAUAAGAAAGACCCAUUGCUCUGGAAUAAAUGAUUUGUGCGUUGUGCGCCUUUUUCUACUGUAAGAAGCAGGCGAUCGUUGUCGUUCGCUCUGCAGUGAUAUUUUACUAUUUUGAUGUACACUAAUAAACACGAUUAUUUUUGAGCCUUUGAUCAAACUUUUUCUAUCAAAAAUUACCAGUCUAUUGUUUCUCCUUAUGGUGAUGAACAAAAUGUUCUUUUUUAUUUGAUGAAGUAAUGUGAUGUUUUUUCUUGUCUCAAUAAGGAUAAAGGUGCUCAAAUUGACCAAUGAUAUGUUAACAAUUUUUGAUUUCGCACAGAAACAGUAUUUCUUUCACUAUUGUAGAGUACGGUGUAAAGUUUUUAACUUCUAUUUAAAUACAAAGAGAGAGGAUGGGAAGGUGGUUUUACAAAACAUUUCAACCUUCACAAGGUCUUCGUCUGGGUUUACAUCACAAAACAAAAACAAUUCUCCUGAAGUAGGAUAUAGUGUUAUUUGGUCAUUAGACAUAGUUUCUAACAAUAGAAUGUCAACGUCUGUUUAAGCAUAUUCAUACCUAUCGCUACUAUGUUUAUCUGCUUGGUCACCUUUUGAAGUAAUUCCAUCUUCUUUGGCUUCAGGGUAUUUUGUUAUGCCCAUUCCCAUGAACGUGAGUUUUGACCGAAGUGGAUGAGGCUACAUCAAGGCAAAUCGUUAAAUUGUAACAAAAAAUAUAAUUUAUGUAUGUGCUUUUUUGAAAUUCAUUUUUAGACUUUGAAAGAAAAACAACCAUUCUAAUUGUGACUUUACACGUAUCUGCGGCGAUGGCCGAAUAGCGUUUAUGUGGGAAUGGGAGAGCGGUAAGGAUACCGGGCACUUGAACAAAGGAACCCCUAUUCAGAACUUCCUCAAUAAUUAGCAUUAGCAGUUUUUUUUACAUUUAACAAGAUAAUGUGGGAGCAUACCAUUUCAAUGAAAUCAAAAUUGACUUGUAUUUUCUGUUAUCAGUUGAAAAUUAAUCCAUUUAUAUAUAUAAAUCGCCGUUACAUUAUCAUAUAGGAGCUUAUUUUUUUGUCACAAUAAAAUCUGAGAGCUUACCUUAUUUGUUUAUCAUUUAACUUUUUAUUUAUCCACGUUGCCAAAGCAGUUUCCGGGAGCUUCGGUUGCUUGCUGAAAUAGGUGCUAAAGUUUCCAUAAAAGUAAAAACAGCAUCUCCUAAAUCAAGAGCAUUCGGCCUUGACCACAAUCAUAAGUGUACAUCAACGUCUUAUAUGACUGUAGAUUCGCUGUUUUCUUGUUAAAAAGAUUAAAAAAAAGCAUAAAGGAAACAAAUAUAUCAAAGCAUACAAAAACAUUUAAAGUAUAAUAAGACCAAACUACUUCAGUCUGGUCCCAAUUUAUUCAAUAAUAGUAAACUUAGCAAGCUUAGGUAACUAAUUUCAGUUAGCUAAAAUAACUUACCUUAAAUUAAUAUUUAUGCGAAAAGCUGCAGAAAUAAGCUCAGUAGCAAAAAGUUUAAACAUAAACCCGGUUUAAUGGCACUGGGUAAACGCCAAAGACAUAGAACAUAAAAUCACAAACCAGAAACAUGGAAGAACAGCACAAAACUCCACAAACAGCACAGUGCAUACAUAUUAUAUAUAAAAAAACUAGGUAUGUUUAUCAAGGAUUGUUAGGCACCGCCUUGGAACGGUCAGUUAAAUGUUAAUUUACUGGGGGUUUCAACCAGUUUAUGAGCACAAACUUCACUCUUAUCCUAACAAUCCUAAUAAAGAUAAAAAGCAAAAGGUAAAUCUUAUCAAAGUUUUAAUUAUCAAAAUAAUUUAUCAUGAUAAUCAUAAAGUUGACUUCCUUCACUGUCUCAAAACUCUUCAUUAAGUCAAUGCAAAACUCGUUAGUUGAGUUUGAUCCUGUUAUGAGGGAAUUAAGAAAGAAAAAGAAAUUUGGGUCUGUUUUUUUUCCAAUAUGACGUCAAAUGUGAGUCAAAAUUUAUGUUUUACCCUUUAAAAGAACAAAACGCAUUCUUUACGAAUAUGUUGAUUAAAUGUUUCAUCAUUAUUCCGAAGAAAAAAUAUUCUACAUCAAAACAUGUUAUUGAGUACAUAAAACUUUUGUUUAGCCAUUACGCAAUUAGAUAUUUUGCUCUGUGUUUUUUCUCUUUACUAUUUACUUAAGAUGGUUAUGGACUCAUUGUAAUGGAAGAUAUGUCUUUAGAGCAAUUUAAAACAUGUUGAAUAAUAACUUGCCCUUAUGUGUUAAAUGGUUUGGAUUGAGUGUUGAUUUAAGUAUUUUUGUGAUUUUGGGGCCUGAUAUACUCCGGUCAUUGUCUGUGUUGUUUUGUCUUUCACUUUUCAACCUGAACACUUUGGUAUUAUAGUUUAAUACUGUACGUGUUGUUGGUGUAUGGAUAUUGUAAUUUUUUCCUUAGUUAGUUGGAAUAGAAACAAUUUUCUUUAAUUGAUCAAUAAAAUUGAAAA